GGAAGCCGCCCCUGCGUGCGGCUACCGGCCUCCCCCGCCCUCCGGGAAUUGGAGUUGGGGAAGGACGAGAGGAGGAGGAAGAGGAGCCGCCCUGCCCGCCGCCAGCCGCGCCUCGGGCCGCCUUCCGGAAAGACCGGCUAGCCCCCGCCGCCUCUUCCCUUCACAGAGGCCCCAGGCAUGUCGUCGGAAACGCCCCCAGCCAGCGCCCCUUGGGCCGAGGAGGGAACGCCGAACCCGAGCCAGGAUCCGGCGGAAAACCAGGGAUCGGGUGAGGCGGAAGGGCUCGGACCCAUGUCCAAGAGGCAAAUGAAGAAGCUGAUGAGGCAGAAGCAGUGGGAAGACCAAAGAGAACUUCGCAAGCAGAAACGGAAAGAGAAGCGUCAGAAGCGGAAGCUGGGGCGGCAGGAGCCCGGGGAGGCGGACGCCGGCGGCGGCGGCGGGGACUCCAGGAAGCGGAUUCGCCGGGCCGCGGUCCCCAGCCCCCUGCGCCUCAUCGUCGACUGCGCCUUCGACCACCUCAUGGCCUUAAAGGACGUUAAGAAGCUUCACAAGCAAAUCCAGAGAUGCUACUCCGAGAACCGCCGGGCCCUGCAUCCGGUGCAGUUCUAUUUGACCAGUCACGGAGGCCAGUUGAAAAAGAACAUGGACGAAAAUGACAAAGGAUGGGUGAAUUGGAAGGAUAUCCAUAUCAAACCGGAGCAUUAUACUGAGUUCGUGGCGAAAGAAGAACUGGUCUACCUCACGUCGGACUCCCCUAAUGUGCUGAAGGAGCUCGAUGAGUCGAAAGCCUACGUGAUCGGAGGGCUGGUGGAUCACAAUCAUCACAAGGGAGUCACUUACAAGCAAGCUUUAGAACAAGGAAUCAGUCACGCUCAGCUGCCCCUGGGAGACUUUGUGAGAAUGAAUAGCCGGAAGGUUUUGGCGGUCAAUCACGUGUUCGAGAUCAUCCUGGAGUACCUGGAGACCCGCGAUUGGCAGGAAGCGUUUUUCACCAUCCUCCCGCAGCGGAAAGGGGCUGUGCCCGCAGACCAGGCCCCGGACGCCUCUCCGCCCGAUCCGGAGGGUGGCUCGGACAGCGACGUCUCCAGCUCUGAAAAACUCAACGGGGAUCCGCCGGACCGAGCCCGCGGAGAACGGAAACCGGAUAAAGAGAACGAUACCCAAACGGAGAAUUUCCCCACCCACUAGGUUCACUUUUAAACCAGAGGGGUGAGAGCUAUGAAACCCCUCCUUUUGCUCCAUGUAAGUUAUUUAAUUUUAUUCUUUUUACAGACUGAAUGGAAGACCCUGGUCAAGUCCUUUGGCUCGCCGAAGGAAAGCAGGUUGUCAGUUUUUUUAAUCAUUCCAUUAUGUGUUCCAAAAGCGAGGUUUCUUCGCCCUGCAGGCUUCGGACAGAAGCUUGCGGGGAAUCGCCCCAUCCUGUAAUCGACGCUUCGGGUGCUUCGUCGGACUUCGGAGUCACGGCGGCGAAGGUGCGGCCGCUGACUUAACGGGAACCCUCUCUGGAUCUUCCGCCCGGCGACCAAAAUCCCGUCCGGCUACUGGACCGGACGGGACCGCCCCGAGGAAGAGGAGAAAGGAAGAAGGUGAGCGGCCGCAGCCAAGUGGGGCGGCCCCCUCAAGGGCCGCCGAAGUCCCGCUCGCUUUCGGUGGCCGGGACUGCCGUCGGCUUUUCCCCAGCCGGUGACUUCCAGCCCCAACCCCGAGCGGGCCGUCGCCCGGAGAGGCUCGGGGGCCUGGGCGGACUUGUCUGUGCGGCGUGACGGACGACCUCGGUCCUCACCGCCGGGGUGGUUACUGCCCUGCCACUAAAUCGAGACGACCCUCAUCUCGUUUCUUCCACCGGAUUUCCAGAUUUCCGUGGGGCAGGGGCCUGUCCGCUUAUUCCCGGGUUGGCCCGCUUUUUGAGCAUACCGCUUCCCCCAGAAAGUUGCCGCUGUUGGCCCGAAGGGCCGUCUCAUUUUCCGAGCUCCGUUGCCAUGAUCUCUUGCGCACCUCGGCCCCUCUGGGAACCGGGUCAGCCAGAUAAAGGCCCCCGCCGUCCCGUUGAACGGUGUCGGCGGACCGGUGGAAGUGAGGAGCGUAUCUGCCGGUACCUGGACUGCUCCGUGUACAUCUGAUGUGUAUUUAGGUAUCAGCUAAGAGCUCGGCGGUUGGACGGAGAUGGUUCCGCCCGUUUCGGCAUGCCAGAGUCACGCAAAACAUGGUGGGGGACGUACGGGCCGCUUCUCACCUCAUGUUAUGUCUGAUAAUAAAUUGGACGAUGGUUCCGUG